AGUUCACUUUCUUGCUCGGCGGAAGCGUCGCGCACUUUAGAAAUGAGACUUUCGCCCGAAAUCGACGCCGAGAUCAAGCGUCUCAAGUCCGAAAUCGAAAAUGAAGAGAAGAUGAAGCACAUGCUCGAGCAGAGCAUCAACGAUCUCUGCAAGACUGUAGAGGCUCUAGAAGUUCAAUCGCAGAGCGCUGACGUGAGUGACGAAGAUGAAUGGAAAGUGCGCUAUUACACUCAAGUUGAAGUGAACGAGCAGUUGGAACACCAACGCGACUGGCUGAGAAGCAGGGCAGAGGCUGCUCGUGUGAACAACAAGGAAGGCCUGACUGAGUAUCUCGCAGAUCUCGACUUGGACAGCCUGACCGAGAAUCAGCUGGUUCGAUACCUAAAACAGCUAGAGAAAGACAGAAAUGCUGUGUACAACGAGAUACGCGACACUGAGUGGAAGUUGGAUCAAGAAUCAAAGGCAUUUCACAAGUUUAACGACACCAGGAAGGCCUACAUGACCGAAAUCACCGAUGCUAUGCUAAAUUUGGAGUCGCUCCGAAACCGCAUAAAAAUUGUCGACAUGACUGAUUCCAAUCCCCUCUUGGGUAAAUGUCCAAGACACCUCAAGUAUCUAUUUGCUUCUCACAGCAACAUUCAGCCAGACCAACGAAUCAUCGACCCUCGGAAGGGCCCCAUUCGCAAAACUGCAGCUGUUCGCAGCCUGCCCAAGCUGGCCUCCCCAGACUCAUCUCCUCAGGACGACAACGCAGAGCAGGCAGCAUCCAGCAGCCCACAGGAUUAGAGCCUCCUACUAACGCGCGUCGCUCUCUGAACCUUGUUAUUAAGUCUGUGCUAUGACAAAACGUGCACCCGACAUAAAAAGUAUCCACAUUUUAUCCUAUCUUUGGUAAAGCGUAUAGGCGAAAAGAGUUUGUGGUUGAGUCCAUGCAAAGAAAUGGAAUUGUGAUGCCUCUGAAGAAGUUAUGUUGUUUAAACACUUGUUAAUACGAAACUGUGUCAUCUGUGUGAUUACAAAAAGUCGGCAUGGCGCUUUGACAACAGCAGGCCAACCAUGCUGGACAGGGAGCCAAGAUGCGAGAAAUGUUCAGAAUGCAACAUGGGUAUUCAAGGAACACAAGAGAGAAAUUUUUUUUUUCAUGCUAGUAGAUUAUCCUUCACAACACCAAAAACACCAUGCUUGUGGGGAGAUGGGAAAGCGCUGCGAAAAGAAAAUACAGGUCGCAACACCACAUACUUUACAGCAAGCACCUACUAGGGCCUACCUGGCUGCUAAUUGAUAAAAAUUAAGUAGAAUGUCUUCUAGGCGAGCCAAAGAAAAUUCAGAGGAGCCAAUGUCAUCAAAGUAGGAAAAAAAAAACUUGGAAAUUUGAGACGUCACCAUCAACCAACAAAUUCACGAGUGAAACAUAUAAUAUUGAUUUUCCAUUUUAUUGUUAAACCUAUAGUGGUAAAAUGAAUGCCACUACAAUUUUGAGAGUAUAAGUAUAAUGUGAUUUACUGUUUGAACUUAGUGUCCCUUUAAUUAAAAUUAGUCAAGCACAAGCUUCAAUGAUUCUCCAGCCACAACAUAAGUAGUGAGAAUUGAGUGUACAAAUACUAAACAUGCUUUGCAGAUAGUGCAUGUUAAAUUUUUCAGUUUCGUUAUAAUGGUUAGGUACUCAUUAAAAUAAAGCCCGACUAGCCAAGUUUUAGGCUCGCUUUGUUAGAUGUUAUAAGCUGUUCUACACUGCUACUUGUAUGAAGAGAUAUAAUAAACACAGAAUAAAGAAG